UAGGAAGGCAUUGCUGCCGGAGGUGUAAUGGACGUUAAUACUGCGCUGCAAGAGGUGCGGAAGACCGCCCUCAUCCACGAUGGCCUAGCACGUGCGAUUCGUGAAGCUGCCAAAGCCUUAGACAAGCGCCAAGCCCAUCUCUGUGUGCUUGCAUCCAACUGCGAUGAGCCUGUAUAUGUCAAGUUGGUGGAGGCCCUUUGUGCUGAGCACCAAAUCAACCUGAUUAAGACUGAUGACCACAAGAAACUAGGGGAAUGGGUAGGCCUCUGUAAAAGUGACAGAGAGGGCAAACCCCAUCAAGUGGUUGGUUGCAGUCGCGUGGUGGUUAAGGACUAUGGCAAAGAGGCUCAGGCCGAGGAUGUCACUGAGGGGCACUUCCAAUGCAAGAAAUGA